AUGAGACCUCAAGGGCUUUGGAGGUCUUUCGGCCUCGUCCAGCGCGCAUGCAAUCGCUCCUUUCUAGAGACCGGCUCGGGUCGCCGAACCUUCCAAACAGCCAGUUCAUCGCCACGAGUCCCCGACUUCGCGUUUGCCUUCGACAUUGACGGCGUGCUGUUGCGAUCUUCAAAACCCAUUCCCGGAGCGGCCGAGUCGUUGGCACUUCUCAAGGACCAAGGGAUCCCUUUCAUUCUCCUGACCAACGGAGGAGGGAAACACGAAACAGAACGAGUGGCAGAGAUUAGCGAGAAGCUCCAAGUGCCAUUGGAUCCCUCGGUGAUCAUCCAGAGCCAUUCUCCCUUUGCGGAGCUCGUGCGGGGACCGGAUGAGCAGAGCGCCCUGGAGCACAAAUGCGUGCUAGUAGUGGGAGGUGAAGGCGAUGGCUGUCGCCAAGUCGCAGAGAAAUACGGAUUCAAGAACGUGGUCACCCCCGGCGACAUCUUCAUGGCCAACCCGACCAUCUGGCCAUUUUCCAAGGCAUUCCGAAACUACUACGAAGGAUUCGCGCGGCCCCUCCCACCAUUCAGCCCCCGCGACCCUAAAGACCCAACCAAGGGUCUCAAGAUCGACGCCGUCUUCGUCUUCAACGACCCGCGCGACUGGGCCCUCGAUACACAGGUUAUCCUGGAUGUCCUGCUCUCGUCUCAAGGCGUGAUCGGCACGGUUUCCGAGAAGAACGGCCGAACGGAUCUUCCGAACAGAGGAUACCUGCAGGACGGCCAGCCGCAUCUAUACUACUCCAACCCGGACCUAGUGUGGGCUGCGGCGUACCACCUCCCGCGUCUCGGCCAGGGCGGGUUCCGCGAGGCGCUGGACGGCACCUGGGCCGCUAUCACGGGUGGGCCCAGCAAAGGCGCCGAGCUGAAGAAGACAGUCAUCGGGAAACCGCACCAGGGGACGUAUGAGUUCGCGGAGAACCAGCUACUACGGAACCGCUCGCGGGUGUUCGGCGCGAACAUCCAGCAGCCGCUACGGAAUGUUUAUAUGGUGGGCGAUAACCCGGAAUCAGAUAUUCAGGGAGCCAACACGUAUCGAAGUGUAUAUGGUAGCCAGUGGCACUCGCUUCUUGUGCGAACUGGCGUCUAUAGUGGAGGGGAGCCGACAUGGACCCCCAAGACUAUCGUAGAUGAUGUGCAGAAGGCUGUUGAGUAUGGUCUGAAGACGUCUCAAUGGAUAAAGAAAGGGUUCGCCCAUUUGGGGCGUACAUUUGCGAACAUUCCCAUUCCUGAUUUACCUGAAUGGGUAGAAGCUCAUAAACCGGAAGGAAUGAGACGAGUGUAUGGUCCUCCCGUGGGGAACCCGUACGCUGGGCAGACAAUUAUGAUUAUCGGAGCCGUUGGUGCACUGGGACAUGCAGUAGCCUAUCAAUUCGUUCGUCAUGGUGCUGAACAUAUCUAUCUCACCGGUGAUCGUCUCAAUGAGCUGGUCCAUCUUAAGAACUAUCUCCGAAAUCAUCCAGUCCUGCAGUAUUACAAUUCCAACUACACACUCGAAUUGUGCCAGCUCGAUCUCAGCAAUAGGACGAUGACAAGGAACUUCGUGGAUAUCAUCGUAAGGAGUUGCACCAGCCUCCAUGUGCUUCUUUUCAAUGCAGCAACGUUCUGCCAAAAUUUCCAAGCAUGCGCUGGUCCUGAUCCCCAAAGUCACGCGUCUGAGCGGAUGAUGCAGGUGAAUUGCUACUCGCAAUUCUUGAUAUUCAUGGCACUUAGGCCAGCCCUUCGAAACGCUGGAGUGUCAUCGAACUCGCCCUCUCAUGCCACCUUCGUCACCUGCCGCUGGUUGCGCAACGAGUAUGGAAAAAGCCUCCCCGUCACAUUCGAUCGUCUGCGUGCCCACCUUGCCAAUCCAGCCCAUUUCAAGAAUGGUCGUCAUUUUCAUCUCACCAAGCUGCUCACGACCUUUUGGAUCUAUUAUUAUGCCCAUUUGGCUUCCGUAAAUGACACCCGCGUUAUCGUCAACACGGUUUGGCCAGGCACUCUGAGACGUUCGAGCCUCUAUCGAGAUUGGGGACCAGGGGUCCACCAGGCCAUAGAAGAGGCGCGCGCCCUGCUGGGUCGGAGUUCAAAAAAGGCGGCUCGAGUCGUGCAUGCUGCUACACUGGGUCAUGCUCGAACACAUGGGGAUUGCCUCGCCGAUAAUACCAAGUACUUGUAUGCAGAUCCCCUCCCCGAGAUUUUUCAUGGCUUUGCUGAUGAAUGCACAAGGGGGAAAGAUCUCGUAAUGGAGCAUGCUAAACUAGGCUGCGAACGACUAGUAUACGGUAUGCUCUUGGAAAUAAUGCAGGCCGAGUUCGGCGCUAUGCCUGUUGGAAUACACCCCGUUCCCCCCGACGAUCCUUUGGCAGGUCAAGCUAUUGUGAGCGACCCGUGGGACCGUUUUCAUUCUACAACUAUGGCGGACUCCGAAUUGCCCUCUCGUCCUAAGCCCGAAGAGACUCAGGAUGCCGCUGCCCCCGCUGAGGAGGGUGCCGACGGUAAGAUGAGCAAGAGUGCGUUGAAGAAGGCCGCGAAGGACAAGGCCAAGGCCGAAAAGGCUGCUGCUCGAGCUGCUCAGGAGAAGGCCCAGGCCGCCGCCGCCGAUGCCAACGAUACUGCGAAGGAUCUGUACGGCAAGAUGCCCGAGUCCGAAGACGUGCUGCCCUCGACGCGGUUCACCGAGAUCACCGACGAUCACUACGAGAAGGAGAUCACCGUUGUGGCGCGGGUGGAUAAUGCUCGUGUGCAGAGUGCUAAGCUGGCAUUCCUGAUGCUGAGACAGCAGGGUCUGAAGGUGCAGGCGGUCAUUGCCGCCGCGGAGCCCAUCUCCCGGCAGAUGGUGAAGUUCACCGGCGGCUUGAACGUCAACUCCAUUGUCCAGGUCACCGGUAUCGUCAAGAAGCCCGAGAUCCCGAUCAACUCCGCCUCCCUCAGCAACCUUGAAGUCCACAUCCGCAAAGUCUACAUCAUCGCCGAAGCGCAACAACAACUGCCCAUGCAAGUUAAGGAUGCCGAGCGUCCGCCUCCCGAGACUACCGAGGAGGGUAACCUGGUUGAUGCGGACGGAGCCCCUAUCGUGACGCUCAAGACUCGCCUCGACAACCGUGUGAUCGACCUACAAACGGAGACCAGCCAGGCGAUUACCUGGAUCUCCAGCGGAGUCGCUGAGCUGUUUUCGGAGUACAUGCUGAGGAGUGGUUCGCGGUGGAUCUUCACGCCCAAGCUGGUGGGUGCUGCUACCGAGGGUGGCAGCGGCGUUUUCGAGGUCAAGUACUUCAAGAGGAACGCAUACCUGGCCCAGAGCCCGCAGCUCUACAAGCAGAUGUGUAUCGCCGGUGACAUGGAGAAUGUCUUUGAAAUCGCCCCCGUUUUCCGUGCCGAGGACAGCAACACUCACAGGCAUUUGACCGAGUUCGCCGGUCUCGAUUUCGAGAAGACUUUCCACGGCCACUACCACGAGGUGCUCGAAUUCGCUGAGGACCUUCUCGUCUUUAUCCUCACCCAGCUCAAGGAGCGAUACAAGGACCAGAUCGCCACCAUCCAGAAGUCGUACCCCAAGGCGGGUGACUUCAAGCUUCCCAAGGACGGCAAGGCGCUGCGCAUGAACUACAUGGAUGGAGUUGCCCUGCUGAAGGAGGCUGGAGUCGAUGUUUCCGAGCAGGAGCGGUUCGAGAACGAUUUCAGCACGGCGAUGGAGAAGCAACUGGGUCAGAUCAUCCGCGACAAGUACGACACCGACUUCUACGUUCUCGACAAAUUCCCCAUGGCCGUGCGACCUUUCUACACCAAGGCGUGCCCCAAGGACCCCAAGUUCUCCAACUCGUAUGACUUCUUCAUGCGUGGAGAGGAGAUCAUGUCGGGUGCCCAGCGUAUCCACGACAUCAAGGAACUGGAGGCCUCCAUGAUUGCCAAGGGUCUUAACCCCCACCAGGAGGGCUUCGAGGACUACCUGAACGCUUUCCGCCAAGGUUGCCCUCCCCACGCCGGUGGUGGUCUGGGUCUGAACCGGAUUGUCAUGUUCUUCCUGGGCUUGCCGAACGUGCGGUUGACCUCCUUGUUUCCUCGUGACCCCCAGCGUUUGCGCCCUUAG